UGCAUUCUAUUUCUUCUUCUACAGGACAGAAAAGUUUUUGCAAAAACCAUGAAGUCGUUUAUUCAAAAAAUUGCCACAGGCGAAUUUUCUCAUCUGGUUUUGCUGGCAAUGUUCGAUUGUGUGGAUGAUACAAAGCUUGUAAAACAGAUAAUUCUUUCUGAAAUUAUUAGUGCAUUGCCCAAUUUAAUGCAGGAUAAAUAUGGGCGGAAGGUUCUGCUGUAUUUGCUGAGUGGACGCAAUUCUGCACAUUUCCUACCUGAGAUUAUUGAAGUGCUCAAACAAGGCGAUGGAAACGCACACAGCAAAAAGGAUCCUUCAGUGCGACACCGUGAGCUGCUGGAAGCCGUAUCUGGCCCAUUGCUAAAAUAUCUUGAGGAGAACAUACAGGACUUGGUGUUACAGAAUGCUAUGUGUGUCGUGGUGACAAAUACUCUUCUCUAUGCGCUGGGGGACUCGCAGCCUGUCAUGUCUGCAAUCGCUAGCAUAGCAGCUGAAGAUUUCGUACCAGGUGGCAAAGAUGGAGAGCUUCACAUUGCCGAGCACCCUGCUGGUCACCUUGUGCUGAAAUGGUUGCUGAAGCAAGAUAAAGACUUGAAAGAACAGGGUAAAGAAGGCUCUUUUGCUGGAACGUUACUAGAACACGUGGGCAUCAAGAACCUCAGCAGCUGGGCACAAGUGAACAGGGGAGCCAUAGUCCUUUGCUGCCUUUUACAAAGUUCGGAUGAAGAAAUUGCCACUCAAGUAAAAAAUGGACUCAAGGGCAUUGUGACCAAACCAAAAGACACCAAAAACAAUAAAGCAAUCGAAGCUUUACUAGAACAUUUACAUUCUUCCUAGUUUUGACUCUUUAGAGGAAUCCUGGCCGGCGUGUCAUCUGUAGGCUCGGGAAAGGCUUGUAAGAAGGUUUUAUAUUUAUAAAUAAAACUCUUUUACACA